AUGCCCCUGUCAGCAGGAAGAGCUGCGAGCGUCUACAUCCACAUGUGGUAUUUGCAGUUGCUCACGGCUUUUCUAGAGGAUCUCCCGUGUGGGGCCUUGGAGUGUGUAGUGAGCUGUCCCCGUGGCCCACCUGCCAGUGUCUGCACCACUGACCCACAAAGUUCUGGCUUCACUGGCCUUCUCAAGGACUUUGGAUUGUACUCUGGGCUCUCCUGCCCUCUCUCCGGUCCCAGCUUGUGUGAUCAUGGCUGGGCUUGCUGGCCAAGCCUAUCCUCCCAGGUGACACUGAGGCCUUUCCAGGGCUGGAGUGAUCUGCAGCCACCCAUGGGUGGCGAGACCAAGCGGUUCCAGGAGCAGCUGGAGAUGAAACUGGUGACGGGCAGCACUGUCAUCUUUACAGCAAACCUCACACAGCAGGUUGGCAGGAAGCUAGCCUUCUCCGCAUCACCGAGCCAUCUGCUGAGUCACCAGGCCCACGUGACAGCACUGCUGGAGAGGAAGGAGGAGGAUGGAUGGUGGGUGUCUGCCCUGGGUGCCAAGCUCUUAAUGCCAGGGUUGGCAGGGCUGCGUGCCUUUGGCCUGCUGCAGCAGUGAGGCCAGCUCUGGACCAACUCCCUGAGGAUGCAGUACAGCCUCUGGGCUCAGGCAAAGCGGCCAGAGCAUGAGUGCAGCACCAGCCAGAGGCUGCAGACAGAGAGUGGCUCAGACGGUGCCUACAGGCUGGAGCUGGGCCACAAGCUCCACUGCACACAGAUCCCGGCCUUCAGCCACAAGGUCCAGCUCUGACACGAGGAGGACUCGGGCCACCUGCGCUCACUGCUGGAGGCGAGCUAUGGGAAGCGCUGGGAUAAGAGUGGCAGCAAGAGGCAUCUCCGUGUCAGCCAGACCUUCAAGAAUGACUCGGGGCCCACCCUGAGCAAUCACUUCGUGGAGGUGAGCCCGGCCACUGCAGCAGAGUCGUGCCCCCACGAGUCCAGUGUGGAUGGGCAGUCCAACGUCUCCUCGGUAUCAUUCCAGGUCUUCAUGGAUGUUCACAACGACAGCUCAGGCUCUGAGCAUUCUGGACACAUCCUGAUGGGACCCACAUCUCUCAACUACUCCAUGAGCUGCUGUUACCAUGAUGGGCACCUGGAGCUCUCUGGCCAGAGCUGGCACAACAGUGAGACUUUGCUGUGGGCAGGGUUCCCAGAGACCCAGACCCGGGCCAGCGUGACCUUCCGUGGCAGGGACAGUGGGGUCAUUGUGGACCUGGCAGCCCUGGUGGCUUGGCCACUGCAUGGCCCGAUGCAGCUGGUGGCCAAUGCCAGCCACACACUACACUACUUCAAGUGUGAGGUUCAGAGCACGUUUGCCUUGGGCGUGGAGGAGCAUCGUUUUCACAUCCGCACCCGGCUGAUAGCUGCUAAGGUCAGUCUCACCAACUUCAUGAAGCUGGAACAGGCUUUCCUACAGGAAACUAUAAAUGAUCCACAAAUACUCCCUUUUUCCUCCUCUGCAAACUUCUCUCCUUUCCCAUCCCAAGCAGAAGCGUGUGUCAAGUUCCCCUGUGACGCCAUCAUUCUCUUCCAGCUCAGCACUCUUCCCGGGGAGCUGGUCCUGCAGACCACAUACGAGCGAGCUCAUGGGACCUGUGUCCUGCACCACAUGGUGCUGUGGAAUGGUCAGGUGUUGGCCGUCACUGGGAGCCCCUCCGGGCCUCUCCCCAAGCCCUUCAGGAACCUCAGCCUGCAGGUGGCGCUCACCCACCUAGUGCCCCUCCCCCUGCCUUGACACUGCAGCCUCCGCCUGUCCUCAGAGCAUUUGGGAGGCAGCCACUGGGACAGCCUUGUUGUCGGCUGGGAUGGCAGGGACCAGGUGCUGGUCUCCUCCUCCCCAUGGCUGGGGAAGAGUGAGCUGGCUGCCCGCCUGGCCCUGGCUCACCCAUUCAACGUCUCCUUGGAAGCCGAAGCCAGUGGCCUUGCUGAGAGCAGGAGUGGCAGGCAGAGCCGGCAGGUGAGCGAGGAUGUCCCGGGCGCCCUUGGCGGGGGCGGGGGUGGGAGCGGGAGCCACAGGGCUGAGCCUAGGCAUCGGCCAUCUCAGCCAGACAAGAUCUUUGUAGAGGCCACACUGGAGCACAUCCUCGGGGCCUCUUGUGCCCAGCAGAGCUUGCGGGGAGAAGUACAGACCAACUACGCAUGCUGGCUGCGGCACUCCCUCCACCUGGGGCUCUGUGACCUGCCCAGGGUGAGUCUGCCCUGGGGAAACAGGCAGCCGGAGGACAAGAGACCCAUGAUGAGGGGGCAGCAGGGGGAUGGUGAGGAGAGGAAGCUUCCACCCCCUCCCCGUACCUGCCUGAUACCCAGAUUCUCUGGUCCUAGGCCCUCUUGGUCUCCAGAGAUCACAUCCUGGGCCGGGUGGGCUCCUGCUGUGUUCCCGCUGACAGCCAGGCCUCGCCCAGCCCCAGCCCACGGCCUACACCUCAGCCUGACCCUCCGAAACCACAGCAGGCCUCAUUCACCUGACUUCUCCAGGGAGCUGGAGCUUUGCAGCUCUAAGGCUCAGUGGGUCGGCCUACUGGGCCACAUCUCCACCUUGGCUUCUCAAAGCCUGGUCCAGUUGGAGGGAAAUGUGGACAAUGGGGAGGAGAAAGUGAGGCUAUCUGUGUCUCGGGAGACAGCCCCAAGCUGUCUCCAGGACUCUGUGGCCCAUGAGGAGGGGGGCAGAGAAGAGAGAGGGGUUCUGUGGGCACAUGCCCAUGGGUGGACAGCGGAGGCAGAGGUCCUGUUCUGGGAUAGCAGGCAGCCCUUCCAGCCCCUGGGACACCUGACCCUGCAGGCUGCCAGCCAAAGCCUCCUGCUGGCUGCGCACGGCUGCCAGGAGUGCCUGCUGGGCCACGUGGAGGAUGCAGUGGCUGCCUCCCAAGUGCAAGCCCAGCUGGAAGAGAGGGUUCAAGGCUUGAGUGCAUCUGUGAGAAGGUUCCAUCACCUGGUACAGCCAGCAGGCACCCUGGAUGGUGUGGCAGGCCUCCUCCUACAGCUGUCCCAGGGAGGGCUGGAGGCGGUGCAGGCGAGUGGUCAGGCGGUCGCCACCUUGUGGGGCCAGAGCCAGGUAAGGCAGGCACUGACCCAGCCUCUUUACCUGGACCAGCUGCAGGUGGGGCUGGAGCAGCUGUGGAAUGAACUGGAAUGGCCCCUGGCCACACUGAAGGACACCUACCUGGAGGUAACACUGCGGGCCCUGGAGGAGGUGUGGCGGGAGCAGGCAGAGGAGGCCAUGUGGUGGCUGCAGGCCUGGGUGCCUGGGAUGCCAGGCAACAGGGGUCCCAGGCCCAUCAGGGCAGCCCUGGGGGCCGUGAAAGGUACCCUGGAGCUGGUGGCCCAACAGAUGCUAUCCUGGGCUGAGGCCACAUUCUCAAGGGCACUGAAGAGGCUCUGCAAACCCCUGCUAGACCUGUACAGCCUCGCAGCCAGGAACUACUCAGUGGUGGUGAUGCUGCCACUGCUGCCUCAGGGGGAUGAGCCCCUGGACGUGGCCCAAGUGACCAGCUACCUGGUGGAAGAGAAGCUGCUGUGGCUGCUCCAAGAGCUGUCCGGGGCUAAUGUGCUGGCCGAGUUCUGCCGGCUCAGACGUCGCCUGCUGCAGGGUCCCUGGGAGUACCAUGCCCUGGUGGCCGGGGCCCAGCAUGUGGUGACCUUCGACGGCCAGGUGUGGGACCUCAGCGCUCAGUGCGGCAGCGUCCUGCUGGCCCAAAACUUUGCUCACAACACAUUCACCCUGAUGCUCAGUCGGACAGGCUUGGGGCUCACAGCCCUGACCGUGGAGCUGAACCACAUGACCCUCAUCUUCUACCACAGCCUGCAGGCUUACAGGCUGUACAACUCCUCCCUGCCGGGGGAGAGCUGUCCAGACCUCCAGCUGUGUCCUGCCAUGACAAGGAGGGAUGCCCCCAGGAUUGAGCUGGCCAGUGAGGACAGAAUGUCUGUCUCCUAUGACAUGCCCACCAGCCUCUGCAGCCUGACUCUGGGCCUCUGGCACCAUGAUAUAUCCACCAGCCUUCUGGGCACCAAAGACAAUGAAGCAGGCAAUGAGCUGAUGUUGCUUGAUGUCUCUGUGACCCGCAGCCUGGAGGAGCUCAGCCUGGCCUGGCAGGUGGAUGGUGACUACAGGGCCACCGAGAAGACUCAGCAGGCCUGCCCAGGACAGAGCCCCACCUGCCGGGCCUUCUUCCACGACCCCUGCUCCAGCUUGGGGAACUGCUUCCCGGUGAUGGACCCUGCACCGUUCUUCAGCCUGUGUGUGCAGGACCCAUGUGGCACCUGGGAGCCCCAGACUGCCUGCACCCUGGUGGCCGCCUACAUCCACCUAUAUGCCUGCAGUUUCAUGCCCCUGGCCCUUCCUCCACAGUGCAGUAAGCUGCCCCAGCUGGCUGGCACUCUGACCCCUGUCUGGCAUCUGCCUUCCAGCCCAGAGGGAAAGCCUGUCUCUCUCUCUUGCCAGGGAGGGCAAAUACUCAAUUGUCAUUCAAGGAGCUUAGAGUCAAAACAAAACAUUUACGGCCUGACACAGCUUUGAUUUGUGUCCCCUCCAAAUCUCACAUUUGUUAGAGGGGGUGCAUCCCUCCUGGAUGGCUUAGCACCCUCCGUUUGGUGAAGUGUGAGUUCUUGCUCUACUAGUUCACAUGAGAACAGUUUGUUUAUAAAGAACCUGGCACCUCCUCUCUCUCUUUGCACCCACUCUCAUUUCUGCCAUGAUUGUAAGCUU